AGAAGAAGUAAAACUGCAGAAGAAGAACAAGAGAAUUCAAUAUGGCAGCACCCUACAGUCGAACCUCAUAAGCAACGACUUAGGUCAAACACACAACGUCAGUAUUGAGAUUUUUAACAAGAAUUACACCAAUGCUUCCAGAAACGUAUCGGUGGUUCAAGGCGGCUUUGUCGCCGUUUUCUCAAACCACUUCCUUAAAGGAGCUGAGCCGGUUGUCUGCACAUGGGGGAGCCAGUCGCCUACAGGCCCGGAGACACUUCGGUGUAAGCCGCCGUCUGACAGCCAAGGUCCUCCGUGCGCGUAAACCCAGGGAGAGAGUGGAUAUCCCCGGGCUGGAGAUGGUCACCUACGCGGAUAGGAUGCACUAUGUGCCAGGGCUGGCUAGGCCCUUGUUCCCCGCGUGGGAGAGGGACUACAAGGACCCGAGAUAUUACAGAUCCCCUCCGCCCCACGACAUGCCGCUGUACAAAGAGAAACCGUGCUAUAUUUACAACCAGAGGACCAGCGCGCUGGAAGGUGUGCGACAGGCUCUGUGGUUGACCAAAACAAAGCUGAUCUCUGGUCUGCCCCCUCAGCUCAUCUCAGUGGCUGAGAGUCCAGCCAAUCAAAUACCAGAUCAGGAUGAACGCGUUCAGAAUGCCAUCAAACAUGCCCGUUUCUGGGACACAACAGAGGAACGGCCGGGAAAAGCAAAAUACAGCAAAACUCUGCUCACUAACCUGAUCCACCUGUGUGCGACUCUACAGUCCAGUCACCCUGCGAUUGGAAGGAAGAUCUUUGCUGAGAAGUACUCGUUGGCAGCUGCAUGGAAAAGAGGUGACGACUUAUUCCAGAUCAGGGGUCAGAACGGUUUACUGCACAGCUCCAUGGAUCCUCUCCCAGCAGUGUCUGGGAAACAGGAAGUUGUGGACACGGCAGAUCAUGUCCUGGAAACCUUCUAUCCAGUCUCCCCUACCAUUGACCUGCAGAAAGUUAAUGUGUACAAGGAGAAUGUGAAUUGCACAGGUUUCACGGGGGACCACCCUUACCCUCAUGCCCACACAAUUUACUUCAUGGAGGGAGCUGAUCCUCACUUUAAGCUUCGCCCAGAAAGGUUCAGAGCCAGCAUGCUCAUGUUCACCUUUGGAAAUGCUCUGGCCCAGGCACACAAACUGUAUGGGACUCAGCCCCAGCCUGUAUUAGAUUGUCCGAUAACAGUACAGGCAGUGGGGACCAAUGGUAGAAUAUUCCAGUUUUUGGUUUUCCAGCUCAACACCACAGACCUCUCAGGAAAUGAUGGCGUCAAGAACCAGGUGUGGCUUGAUGAAGAUGUUGAUCUUUAUGAUUUUGCAAAAGUCCGACCACUGAUCAAGAAGAAACAAGUGAAGGUACCAUCUGGUCUGGCGGGAUACAACUCUGAAACAUUCAGGAAGUUCCUGGCCCUGUACCUGCACGGAGCUGUGUAGGACUGCUAACCUCUGAAGUGUGCGUGUGUCUUUGUAUUUAUCUGGGAUCUAAACCAGUGUCGUACUAGAAAACUCCUUUCUUUUAAAUGAUUAAUGACCUCAUCCAUGACAUAUUCUGAUUUCUGGACAAGAAAAGUUCACUGCAACAACAGCUUCUUAUUUUACACACUUGCCCCAACCCUGUUAAAGUUUAGUCAAUAAAACUGUCACUCUGA